GUAUGUAUGCAAGAACAUAGAAAAGGCGGAGAUAUUUUCUCUAUUAUCAGAAUGCACUGAAAUGUAAAAAUAACCAACUUCUUAAAGGGUAGCACGUAGGAAAAUACAGGUUAUAUAGAAUAACGACUGUAGACGUGUGUUAUAGCUCCGUCAGACGUCUGGUAGAGAUGAGGUUGAUACUGACCCUGUGUUCCCUGUCCCUGUACCUGUAUUACUCCGAGGCCUGCACAUGUCUCCCUAUCCCUCCUAAUGGAUGUGGUUCUGACUAUUCAAUCCUAGGAUAUGUUGUUGGAGUUAGAAGAAUCGGACAAGCGCCAGGGGAUAGGAAUAUCUACACAGUAGUCGUACAGCGUGUCUUUAAGAGAUCCAAAUAUCUAAAGUACGUGAUUCGAAUUGAAUCCAAUGUCUCCAGUGCUGCUUGUGGUGUCAAUUUACAAGUCGGGAAAACUUACGUCAUUUCCGGUAGUGUAAAUAAGUACAGAUUUUCCACCAACUCCUGUCAGUAUGUUCGGGAAUGGAGGAGAAUUCCUCUCUCACAGAGGAAAGGACUAUUCUGUAGAAAACGUUAGACAAGUUUGUCUCUAGUUUGAAAUAUGUCAUCUUUAUAAACGUGAAUGAAUGAUACAA